AUGGCGUCUGUGGCAACAGCAAGUGCGAUGUGCCAAUUAGCAAAGAAGUUAACGUAUUAGACAACUAUAUUCAAGUAAAAUGAUUCAACCAGAGUAGAAUCUCUUACGUGAUAUAUGUUUUCGUUUUCAAUUUGAGUGCUAAUUAUUUGGAAUAGCUUGUUUUGCAAUGUAUUACUAAGAAAAAGAUGCAAUGGGUGGGGUAGAUGGUCAACUACAAAUUGACACAAAGCUUCAUGAGGCUGUGAGGUUCUCUCAGAUUGAGGAUGUGAGGAUCGCCCUCCAGCAAGGUUAUGAUCCCAAUCUGAUCGGAGUGUAUAUGUGGAGUCCCCUUCACGAGGCUGCAUAUAAUGGAGACAAAGAAAUUCUCAAGUUGCUAUUACAAAAAAAAGGUGAUCCAAACAAGAAGGAUUAUCAAAGGGGACGUACAGCGACACACUAUGCCGCAGAAAAUGGCCACAUUGAAUGCCUCAAAUUGCUGAUAAACGCAGGGGCCAGGUAUGAUAUUAAGGAUGAGGAUGACAAAGAUUGUCUUGAUGUUGUCACUCCUGGUGGACGCAAAAUUCUUGAAAGAUUAAAAAUGAAGGAUUUAAUGUUAAACCCUGAUGACGAUAAAGAUGAAGGAAUCUCAACUGACCGGUCACAUGACCUAACAUCUUUAUCUUCCAGUAGAAGAUCAUCAGUCAUUUUUGAGCAAGACGAUGGUCCAGUGUUAGGUCAUAUUCACCUGUCUGUGGAGUACCAUGCAGCAAAGGGGUCACUGAAAAUACGUGUAUGGCAGCUCUCUGAUCUACUUCUUCCACCUCCAAAUACCUCAAUGAUUCAUUCAAUUUAUGUAAAGAGCUACCUUCAGCCUGACAAGAAACGUGAAACAAAGCGUAAAACAGAAGAAGUCAAAGUGGACUCCUCCAAAGGUUCUAUUCAUUGGAAGAAGAAGAAAGAUAUUAGCGUUAAACAUGUAUUUACACCGGCAAACUUUAAGUUUAGUCAGCCUUUAGAAUACUCAGGAAUAACACAUGAUGUUGUCAAAGAAAAACAGCUAGAAAUUGAGGUAUGUGUAACACAGCGUUACUCUCACCGAAGUUUCCUUAUUGGAAUGAUACGUAUGUCGUUAAAAUCUGCCGUGAAGAAAUUGAAAAGGGAAAGAUUAGUAAUAAUUCCAUGUAUGAACCACACAAUUCCUUCUAGCAUGAAGGUAUAUUGUGCAUCCGAACUGGACAUUGUGAAUAAUUCUCCAGGUGGAAAUUACUUCUUUAGUAGCCCAAAUGUGAGAAUUGUGCUUCCGGAGGAUACAGAUGAUUCAUCUGAAAAAGCUGCCAGUAACCCAGAUUUGCAACCAUGGAAACAUCACUCUCCAUCUGUGGAAGUAGAUAUGAACCAAAAGUUUGAAAUUGUGCCAAAUGUUCCUAAAUUGGAUUUAAAUAUAACGCCCUUAGAUGAGAGUGGAUAUUCUAGUGAGUUUCAUGUAUCGUUGCAUGGUGAGCUAGAAAGCCCAGAUUCUGACAGUUCUAAAAAUAGUUUUGUAAGGUUACAUGAGAAAAGUGUAGGUAUUCCAAAAGUUCACGAUCCAUUGAGGAAAAUGAAGCCCGUCCAAGUACUAGAAAAUAUUAAAGAGCACAAUUUAAGAAAUACUGAAACUAAUUUAGUUGGUAAGUCAGAUGUUAAACUAGAAAUAACUGACUUUGAUGAUACUGAUUUAGGUGAAGUUCUUGUUGAGAGUGGUAUAAAAAGUAAUAAAGAAGCGGAGAAAUCUAAAAAACAAACAACAAAAUCUGGUAAAAAAUCAGAUGAAGAUUCAGGUUCGAGACCUGAAACCCCUACAUGGGAUUAUUAUGAUAUUCCAACAGAAGUAGUUUCUCAGGAAGUGGAACAGUCCAUUACACCUUGGAAGGAAGGUGCAGCACCUGUUGUGUUACCAAUGGAAACAACACUAGGAAUAGCAAAUACCAAAGAUCAAAAUGUACGCCAGUUAAACAAAAGUGACAAAUCUGUCCGCCAUUCGAAGAAAAAAUCAAACAAACCAAUUCCUGGAAAGGCUGUCCCACUAAUUCCAAGUAUUGUUGUUACAAAUGCUGAACAAUAUAAAGAAACAAAAAUAGCAAUACCAAACGAAAUUUUAAGGGAAGUGAAAGAUAAUGAUGUUAAUAAUUCUGAAGAAAUUAAAAUAUCUGUUGAUUCUGAUAAAGGGGCUAGACCCAAAACAAAGUCAUUGCUGAAAAAAGUUGACAGAAAGAUGUUUAUUAAUGUUGGUAAAACAAUAAGUAAAGAUAGAAAAGGAAAUUCUGAAGUUGAAAUGUCAGAAAACAACGAACAAAGAAAUAAUGAACAUAACCGUCCAAAAUUAAAACCGAAGUUCAGGAAAUUGAAAAAAUCACAAGAGGUGGAUUUAAAAGAUGUUUGUAAUGAUAAUGAGGAAUUUAAAAAGAAGGUGAAGGUGCCUCCUUUAGAUUUAUCGGGUAAAAAUACUGAACCAGUCCAAACAGUAAGUUAUCAGCAGACUGGUAACUCUGUAGUUUUAGACAUGGACAAGCUUUCAUUGUCAGCAGCCAGUGCUCAUGUUGUGGAAUUAAUAGAGGAUGACAUUAGUAUAACGGAGCUUGAUGAAGGUGAUCAGUUGUUUACAGACAGAUCGGAGGUUUCUGUUUCAGCAUUUACAGAUAUUGAAAGUGGAUUAGGAGAUUACCAUAUUCCGGAACGAGUGUCUCCAACCAAGUAUAUGAUACCAAUGCAGGUAUAUGAUGUUGAUGACACUAGUUGUGAUGAGUCAAUUGCUACAGAUAGGUCAUAUGUUCCCACUACUGUUUUAUGAAUAUCUUAGUUAACUAGUAUGGUAAAUUUUCUUGCCAUUGAUAAUUUCCUUCCUCUUUUGACUCUACAAUAAUAGUCUUCCUUUUUAAAAUAUAUUAAUGUAGAAUCUAUAUAAGAUAUGCAUUUGUAAAGUCUUACAUUUAUAUCUUGAUAUUUGAAGUCUCUAAGUUCAAGUAGUUAAAGUUGAUAAUUUCCAAUCACUUGCCUCUCACUUCUGCCAGGUAUUUGGAAUUCAUUUUUAAACUGUUUUAAUUUAAGUAGGUUGUGAAAGUUUAAAGGGACUCCAUUGAGGUUUUUUGACAUGACAGGACUGGAGGUGAUAUUAUGAA